CACUGGUUGACAUGCGCUUUAGAAUUGACCAAUAGGCUGUACCCUGUAGUGCUGACGUCAAAACGAGAGAUGGCGAGCUAUCAGUACGGGCAGGGUUAUGCUGGAUCUGCAGGACAGCCUCCAGGAGCUCCACAAGGAGGCUACUACUCAGGACCUCAGUAUGGUGGGUCAGGACACCCUGGAAACAGUUAUGGUGCUCCAGCUCCGGGUGCGCCUUAUGGGACCCCUAACUCAGGUGGGGCCUAUGGAUAUUCGGCACCAGGUGGGGCGGCACCAGGAGCUCCUGGUGGACCAUAUGGGGGUCAAGCCCCUGGAGGACCUUAUGGGGGACAAGGACAAAACCCUUAUGGGAGACCACAGCCUGGCCAGUAUGGACAUGGAGCACCAGCUGGGAACAUCCCACCGGGUGUAGAUCCAGAAGCAUACACCUGGUUUCAGACGGUUGACACAGAUCACAGUGGUUACAUCACCCUAAAGGAACUGAAGCAAGCAUUAGUUAACACCAAUUGGUCAUCAUUUAAUGAUGAGACCUGUACUAUGAUGAUGAACAUGUUUGAUAAGACCAGUUCUGGAAGGAUAGAUUUGUUUGGUUUUUCUGCUCUCUGGAGCUUCAUUCAGCAGUGGAGAAACCUGUUCCAACAAUACGACCGCGAUCGCUCUGGCUGCAUCAACCAAGGAGAAUUACACCAAGCUCUUUCCCAGAUGGGGUAUAACCUCAGCCCCCAGUUCAUACAGAUUGCAAUGUCCCGUUAUGCCCAGCGAUCUGCAAAUCCAACCUUACAACUUGAUCGGUUCAUACAAAUCUGUACGCAACUUCAGAGUAUGACUGAGGCCUUCCGGGAGAAGGAUACAAGCCGGACAGGCAGUGUCAGACUUAGCUAUGAAGAUUUCCUCUCUAUGACUGCAACACGUCUCAUAUGACAUCAGAAUAAGGAGGCACAUUUACAUUAAAACCUGCUCACAGUACCCUUCCAAGCACUUAUUACUGUAUUGCUAAUAGAACACUAGUUCUCAGUAAGGAGGAAGUGUGGAGUAAUGGUUACAUCUUGUCAUUUUUAUACAAACCUUGAAAUGUGUUGCAUACAGUCUCUACAGGUUAAUCUGUAACAAUUUUUAUAAAUGAAAGGUACAAUCUAAAUAUUUAUUACAUCUCAAGGCUUAAAUUGUACAAAUUUUCCAUUGCUAUCCAAAUAGUAUCCACUAGGGGGAGAUAUAUACCCACCAAAGUUCUCCUACCUGAUUAAAAGUUCUUGCAAUCCUUCUGUAUGAGUGUGCCUUUUGGCAUUUCCUGGCACACAUCCUUAAAAUAUACAUUUAUACAGUGUGUGUGUCUGUGUGUGUGUAUGUAUAUGUAUAUAUGUGUGUAUGUGUAUAUAUAUAUAUAUAUAUAUAUAUAUAUAUAUAUAUAUAUAUAUAUAUAUAUAAAAAUAUAAAUAAAAACUGUAUGUGUGUGUGUGUGUGUGUAGUUCUGGGGUCCAAGCACUCACUGUAAGUGUGUAUUGCCUGGGUGCACUCUAUGGUAGAUAGGUACAAACUUCAAGGAAAGAAGAGGCACUAACAGGACUUGGUUACCAUAAAUUUUAUUAGUUUUUCAUCAAUUCAUCAACGUUUCGGUCCUCACAGGGACCUUUGUCAACACUGUUUCUCAAUACAAGCGUGUUUGAUGUGUUCACCGUUGAAGUCGUGACAAAGGUCCCUGUGAGGACCGAAACGUUGACUGAACCCUUAUUGAUGAAAAACCAAUAAAAUUUAUGGUAACCAAGUCCUGUGAUAUAUGUAUGUGUGUGAGCAUGAAUGUUUGAUCAUAACACAAAUUUGCUUGUUGGUUAAUAUUAAUUCUCCAAAAUUAGCCAUUAAUUAGUGUAUUGCAUUUUAGCUGAAUACUGUUAAGAUUACCCCAGUAUCCCUUCAGUGAGAUCAUGUAUUACACUUGUACAUAAAAUCUUUUUUUUUAUUUUUAGAAAACGUGCUCUAAGCUUCUUGUGCCAUAUAUAUCUAGUUUACUUUUUUUUUUUUGACUGACUUGCAUAAAAUGUUUUUAAGUAAUGUACAGAUGCUUUAAAUCCACUGCGUUUGUAAGGGCCAAACUUUGUAAGAAUUCCCCACAUUGCAGGGAGCUUUGCCUGAAUAAAUGGUUUAUACAGACAAUAUAUUAAAUCA